AUGAAUCACAUGGUAGAGUCGGCUAUUGGUUUAGUUGCUGGAAUUAAUGGUGGUGUUACCUCUGUGCUUGUUUCUCAGCCCUUAGAUACUGUGAAAGUCAAAAUGCAGACGUUUCCUGAAUUAUAUCGAUCUGCUACUAGAUGUUUUUCUGAUGUCUGCGCUAAAGAUGGCAUAAUGCGUGGUUUAUAUGCGGGUACAUUUCCCGCAUUGGCAGCUAGUAUUGCUGAAAAUGCUGUUGUGUUUUGUGCUCUGCCGUCCUGUCAAAAGGCUGUGGCCAAUUUGCUGCGAGUGCCUGAUACCAACCAACUUAGCCCUUUGCAUCAUGGUUUUGCCGGUGCACUCACUGGUAUUUUCUCUGCUCUUGCGCUUUGUCCUACGGAAUUCGUAAAGUGCCGCGUGCAGGCAUUUAAUGAAAUGAAUUUUCUUGAUCCGAAACAUGGAUUUCCAAUGAGGCCAGCUGAAAUAACUAGGCAGACUCUUCACAAGGAAGGCUUGAUUGGAUUGUACCGUGGAUUCUCUCCAACACUUGUUCGGGAAAUGUUGGGCCUAUUUGUCUAUUUCGGUACCUACGAACUUAUUCGUGAUUGGAUGACUCCAGUUGGGAGAAGAAAAAGUGAUCUCGGCAUCCUCCCAACAGCCCUUGCUGGCGGGCUGAGUGGUGCAUCUCUCUGGUUAGCGAUUUUUCCCUUCGACGUCGUCAAAUCGCGAAUGCAGAUUGGGCAUUUGGUCCCGAGUGUGCAGAUGUCUAAAUCUAGUCCCCGUUUAUUGAACACUCUCUGUCAGAUUCGCCGUACUGAGGGCUUGGCCGCGCUGUACACUGGUUUGGCACCAUCUCUCCUACGAACGAUACCGGCAAAUGCAGUACUCUUCGUUACCGUGGAGUGGACAAAGAAAAUCGGCUGGAAACUUACUAUUUGA